AUGUUAAACUCUUAUGCUCCAGAAGUGCCACCGGAGGGUAAACGGGUGAAGAAGAAGACGGAAGAGACGUCUCCAUCGUUGUCUGGGCUAUCCUUGUUACCAGAAGAGAUAGCUCUGAGAUGUUUGGCUCGCGUAUCUUCCAGAUUUGACAACGCGUCCUUAUUUCUCGCCUCCAAGAGCCACCGCUCUCUCUUUAAAUCCUCUGAGCUCGUCAACUUGAGAUGGGAGAUGAGUUGCACUGAAUUAUCUCUUUACGUAUGCAUCCGCGUCUUUCCUAACCCAACUCCACGCUGGUUCAUCCUUACCCCUAAGCGGCGGCUAAACCCCAUCCCGCCUAACCCUUAUCAGCCUCCGGAUUCAUCUUCUUUCGUGGUGGUGAAUGGGGGUUUCUAUGUUAUCGGUGGACUCAGAAACGGCAUUCCCACUUCGGAUGUCCCGUUUCUCGAUUGUUACUCUCACACAUGGCACCGUAUCACGUCCAUGAAUACGCCUCGAGCUUCCGCAUUGGCCCACGUGGUGAAGGGCGGGAAGAUAUACGUGUUUGGAGGGUCCAAGCAUUACCUGCAUUACCACGAAAGAGCUGGGGCAGAGGUAUUUGAUCCAAAGACUCAAACUUGGACCCCUCUUUUUUUUUCACACCUAAGUUGGGAUUUUGAGACUCAAAAAACUUGGGCCCAUCUUUAUUGUUCACACCAAAGUUUGGAUAUUGAGACACCGCACAAAAAUAAUAUCCCACAAAGUGCGGUUAUAGUUUUAGAGGAGAAGAAUACUUCCCCGCAGGAUCGAAGAAACUUCUACUUCAUCUUAAAUGAUGAGACAGGAAACAAAAACGAUUGGUGUAUCAUUGAGAAACAAUUGUAUUGUCGCGGUACUCGAGGAAAAAUCUUAUGGUGUGAGCUUAACGAAUGGGAUUGGAAGGAAGUGAAAGGUUUGGAAGAGCUGCAACACUCUCACUCUAGUUCAAGACAUUCCUUUCGUAUCAACAAACUCUGCCAAACUUCUGCAGGAAACAUUGUUAUCUUCUGGAUGGCAGAGAGUUUGGACCUUUGUUCUGCCGAGAUUUCCUUUGAGAGACGCGAGGGAGGCGAGAUUUGGGGGAAGAUUGAGUGGUCCAAUGUUGUCUUUAAAGUUGAUCCUUUCUCAACUCCAUCACAGAGCGUUAAGGUUUUACAUUCUGUAUCUGUCUAUGUAUGA